AUGUCCUCAUUAGAACAAUUAAAACAAUUCACCACAUUGACAGUGGACUCAGGUGAUCUCAAUGCAUUGAAAGCCUUUCACGAUGUCACUGAUGCUACAACAAACCCAUCAUUGAUCUUGGCUGCUUCCAAGAAUCCAGAAUAUGCUCCAUUGAUCGACGUUGCUAUUGAAUAUGCCCAAGACAAAGGAUCUUCACCAAAGGAAAAAGCAUUGAUUGCUUUGGACAGGUUAUUGAUUGAGUUUGGUAAGGAGAUUUUGAAAAUCGUCCCUGGUAGAGUUUCUACUGAAGUCGAUGCAAGAUUAUCCUUUGACAAGACUGCUACAAUCAAAAAGGCAUUGGAAUUGAUUGAUUUGUACAAGAAAGAAGGUAUUGAUAAGGAGAGAAUCUUGAUCAAGAUUGCUUCCACUUGGGAAGGUAUUCAAGCAGCUAAGGAAUUGGAAGAGAAACACGGAAUCCACUGUAAUUUGACUUUGUUAUUCUCAUUUGAACAAGCUGUCGCAUGUGCUGAAGCUAAAGUAACAUUGAUUUCUCCAUUUGUUGGAAGAAUCAUGGACUGGUACAAGAACUCUACUGGUGAAACCUACACUUCAGAAACUGACCCUGGUGUUAAAUCAGUUAAAAACAUUUACAACUACUACAAAAAGUUUGGUUACAAGACCAUUGUUAUGGGUGCUUCUUUUAGAAACGUUGGCGAAAUUGAAGCUUUGGCCGGUUGUGAUUUCUUGACUAUUUCACCAAAAUUAUUAAACGAGUUGGCCAACUCGACUACUAAGAUUACAAGACAAUUGAGUCCAGAGAGUGCUAGUCAACAAGAUAUAACUAAAGUUUCAUUCAUUAACGAUGAAGCUGGUUUCAGAUUGGGCUUGAAUGAAGAUGCUAUGGCUACCGAAAAAUUAGCCGAAGGUAUUAGAAACUUUGGUAAAGAUACAGUUACUUUAUUAUCCACUUUGGAGAAAAGAUUUGAAUAA